CGCUCCGCCGAACCUCGGUGUUCCGGUUCUGACCGCGUCCUGCUCGCUGUGAUGCUUUGCCACGGAGCCGCCGCUGCUCCGCAGUCCGGUUCCGGUUCUGGAGCUGCGGUCCUCUCCGGUUCGACCUUGUCCCGGCCUGCGGUACUGGUCGAGUUCGGUUCCGGCCCGGUUCCGGUCCGCUCCGGGCUCUUUGUUCCCUGAAGUUUGCUGGAAGUGAUGUCAUGCUUCCCGCUCCGGACUCCGGCUGGAAAACUGUCGCUUCACGCUGCGGUUCGGCCGGUUCUGCUCAGCCCGGGUCCGGGACGGGUUCGGCUCUGAGGGAUCCGGAUGGUUCGGGUUUGAUGAGAACCAUCCGGGUGGGUUCAUGGGUUCUGGACUCCCGGCUGUGGAUGAGUCCCACCGGGAACAGCAGGAGGAGCCGUUCCCACACCGACCUGGUUCUGGUUCUGGUCCUGGACCCGGUUCUGGACAUGGUUCUGGUCCUUCACCCGGUUCUGGUUCUACUGUGACUGGAACAAAGUUUCUGUUGCGUUCCUCCAGAAAGUUCUGAUCUGAGCAGAACUUUCCUGAAAGCUGAGGAAGGAGACCAGACCCGGUUCUGGAGGUUCUGAAGGUUCUGGACUCAUCCUGAACCCAAAGCUGCUGCGGUUCUGCUGAAGUUCUAGAAGCCCCGGUCCAGAUCAAUUAGAACUCAAAUUGAUCUGGAAUCAUGACCAGGUUCUGCUCGGACCAGGAGAGUCCAUCGGUUCUGGUGAACCCGACCCGGCCUGGUUCUAUUGGGUCAGAACUCUAGCUUUAAGGCCUGUGGGUUCUGGAUGUUUUCAUUCUGGUGCCAGAAGCUGGUUCUGAUCGACCCGUUCAGCCGGUAACGUACUGACUGCUCAGCUCUUCUCCAUCGGACUCGAUCUGGACCAGAACCAGCCGGUUCUGAUGCUCCCAGUCAUGAUGCUGCCACCGCCGUGCUUCACACUGAGGAGACUCCAGCUGUCCGGACCAGAACAGAACCCUGGUUCUGGAUCCGGUCAAUCAGUAAAAACUGAUGCCUGAGGCAGAGAGUGGUUCUGACCGGGUUCUGAAGCAUCACGGGUCAGCAGCAGAACCAUGAGGAAGAGCAGCUCCUCCCAGAUUGUUAAAGUGAAACCAGAACUUUGGAUCUGGCUCUGAUCCGUUUACACGUCCAGGUUCUGUUCAGGUGGAGCUCAGACAAAAGAUCGGAUCAGAACCUUGUUCUCUAGAACUAUGGAGAAUGAUGUGAACUCCAGAAACAGGAAGAGGAAGUCUGGAACAGGAAGGGAACUGUGGCAAACAGGAAGUAAAAAACACUACAGUUUCUCCACAGAACGUAAAUCCUCCAGGCCACCAGGGGGCGUCUGCAGCCGAUCUGUGCUGACCCCAGACGCCUGCGCUGACCUUUGACCCCUGAUCUGCCUUUCAAAGUGUCAGAUUUGGGAAAUAAAACCAUUCCUUGAAUCCUCACUGGAAGCCUGAGCUGCUGGAGCUGAAGUAAAUCUCCUGGAUUGUUUUUAUUUUAAUGGUAAAACAACAGGAGAAAACUUUGAUAAAAGCUGAUUUUUGGGGGUUUGUCCGGGAGUUUUCCUCGCCUGCGUCCUCCGGUCCGGAGGAGAUGGAUCCCUGGACCGGAGAACCAGGAAGUUGAUCUGGGCCAGGCCGCAGCAGAGGGAGGAGCAUGUCCUGGAAGAGGAACUACUUUGCAUCAGGAGGCGGCGGAGGCACACAGGGAGUGGUGGCGGCGCACACCAUGGCGUCCAUCGCUCCCAGUAAGGGGCUGAGCAACGAGCCGGGUCAGAACAGCUGCUUCCUGAACAGCGCCCUGCAGGUUCUGUGGCACCUGGAUAUCUUCCGUCGGAGUUUCCGUCAGCUCUCCUCCCAUAAGUGUCUGGAGGAUUCCUGCAUCUUCUGCGCCCUGAAGAACAUCUUUGCCCAGUUCCAGUUCAGCAGUGAGAAGGUUCUGCCGUCCGACGCGCUGCGCAGCGCGCUGGCCAAGAGCUUCCAGGACCAGCAGCGCUUCCAGCUGGGCGUCAUGGACGACGCCGCCGAGUGCUUCGAGAACAUCCUGAUGAGGAUCCACUUCCACAUCUCAGACGAGACCAAGGAGGACGUCUGCACCGCCAGACACUGCAUCCCGCACCAGAAGUUUGCCAUGACGCUGUUCGAGCAGUGUGUGUGCAGCAGCUGCGGAGCGUCGUCCGACCCGCUGCCCUUCAUCCAGAUGGUCCACUACAUCUCCACCACCUCGCUGUGCAACCAGGCGGUGAAGAUGCUGGAGUCCAGAGAGAAUCCGACGCCCAGCAUGUUCGGAGAGCUGCUGCGCAAUGCCAGCAUGGGCGACCUGCGCACCUGCCCAAGCCGGUGCGGCCAGCAGCUCCGGAUCGCCCGGGUUCUGCUCAACAGCCCAGAGAUCGUCAGCAUCGGCCUGGUGUGGGACUCGGAGCACUCGGACCUGGCCGAGGACGUCAUCCACUCUCUGGGAACCCGCCUGCGACUCGGAGAUCUGUUCUACAGGGUGACGGAGGAGAAGGCCCGGCGGGCCGAGCUCUAUCUGGUGGGCGUGGUCUGCUACUACGGCAAGCACUACUCCACCUUCUUCUUCCAGACCAAGAUCAGGAGGUGGAUGUACUUCGAUGACGCUCAUGUGAAGGAGAUCGGGCCCCGGUGGAAGGACGUGGUGUCGCGCUGCAUUAAGGGCCGCUACCAGCCGCUGCUGCUGCUGUACGCCGACCCGCGCGGGACGCCGGUGACCCUGCAGGACCUGCCGCCGCACCUCGACCUGCAGCGCCUCCACAGGGCCGGCUACGACAGCGAGGACUCUGGCCGUGAGCCGUCCAUCUCCAGCGACACUCGAACCGACUCGUCCACAGAGAGCUACUGUGGCCGCCAGUCCUCCCAGUCCCACCAUGAGGCCGUGCCGAGUCGCUGCUCAUCCGAUUCCCAGGGAACACUCGUCUGCAUGGAGCGACCCGACAGAACCGACAGAACGCUGCAUGCCUCCCUCUGCAGCCUGGACGCCAUAGGCCGCGCGGCGGACGCCGAGCAGCCUCUGAGGAAAGGAGGCGGGGCCGCAGAAAGGAGGCGGAGCUCCAACUGGUCGCGGCGAAUCAAACCAGAACUCGAUCCGCCAUCGGCAGGUUACCACAGCGAUGGAGAAACCUUAAAGGAGAAGCAGGCUCCUCGGCACCUCCCCAAACCUUCAUCCUCCUCCUCAUCCUCAGCCAGUCGCCUCAGAGACUUUAAGGAGACGAUGACCAACAUGAUCCGCCCGCCGUCCUCCGAGCUCCUCCCUGCUGCAGACGCAGCUCUGAGCUCCUCCUCCGCUCCAGUCCAGGACUGGGAGGCCGACAGCACCAGCAGCGAGUCCAAAGCCAGCUCCUCAGGAGGAGUGGGGAGGUGCCGGCCGGCGUGGAAGCCGCGGAAGGAGACGCUCAACAUCGACGCCAUCUUCAUGCGCGAGCGGCGGAGGCAGGCGGGAUACAGCCCCCUGGGAGGAGGAGCCUGUGAGCCCGACGGGGCCCACACCGCCUCCUUGGGCCAGGAGGAGGCGCCGUCCAUCAGAGCGGCCUUCUCCCAGACUCUCCCCAGCUCCUUCACAGGACGGCAGCUCCCUGCUCCUCCUGCUCCUCCCAGGCUGAUCCAGAGGAUGGAGAGCGGCUACGAGAGCAGCGACAGGAACAGCGGCAGCCCCGUCAGCCUGGACCUCAGCCUGGGAGACAGGGACAGUGGUGAGAAGAAGCCUUCCUCCUCCUCCUCAUCCUCAGGACCCUCAUGGAGGAACAUCAGGUCAAAGAGCAGCGGCGCUCUGCUGCAGGACCUCCACUCCUCCAGCAGGGGGAGCCUCGCGCCCCCCGCAGGCCGCAGUGAGCUGGACGAGCUGCAGGAGGAGGUGCUGAGGAGAGCCAGGGAGGAGGAGCAGCAGCGGCGGCAGGAGAAGGAGAGGGAGGAGGCGCUGGGCUUCAACCCCAGACCCAGCAAGUACCUGGACCUGGACCAGCUGCAGAUCCAAGGUAAAGGCGACAGCUUUGACAGGUGUGUGAUGGAGGCGGAGCUCCUGCUGGACCAGUCGUUGCGCUUGGAGCAGGCAGGCGACGUUGCAGCGGCGCUGUCUGCGGUCAAUGAAGCCGUCUCCAAGCUGCGGCCGGCGGCGGCUGAGGGCGGAGCCUGUAGCCACAGCCGGCUGCAGCGCUGCAUGAGGAGAUGCCGCAGCCUGCAGCAGCGCAUGCAGCAGCUGCUGCUGCAGCAGUCAGAGGCAGUAAAACAGGAAGCAGAGCAGCAGGAGGAGCAGCAGCAGACGCUGGAACAGCCCAGAUCAAAGCCUCUCCAGCUCCCAGUUCUUCUGACAGAGAAGCAGGGCGACCAAUCAGCUGCCGGACAAGACCACCAGGCUCCUCCCCCUUUCACCUGCCUUGUUAAGCCCCUCCCUCCUGCAUCAGGUUUGCCCUCUGACCCCGCCUCCAGCAGGAGCCCCUGCUCUGGCUUUGGGAAGCCCCUCGGUAGCGCCAGGUCCCUCCCUGCUCUUGCUGUGGAAACCUACCUGGACGACGUGACCCCGCCCCCUCCACCGGAAGAGGCGUGGCCUGAGCCGUCACAAGCCCCGCCCCCUCAGUGGCCAUGCUCCCCACCAGCCAAUCAGGUUCUCAGAGCCGCCCUGCCUGUUCAACGCUGGGCCGAAAACGUCAACAGAUACUACAACUCCCAGCAUGCAGCAGCAGAGGGGGAGGAGUUAUCGGAGCUGGAGACGCUGUACCAGGCCAGCCUGCAGGCUCCCAGCAUGCUGCGGGGCAGCUGUGGCGUCAGCCCGCAGCCAGGGGGCAGCAGAGCGGCGGUGAGGAGAACGCCAUCCGGAUCCAGACGCUCCAAAACGCCGACGGCUGAAAUUGAGAGAAACGCCUACAGGAGACCGGUCUCACCUGGAGAGCAGCCCCCUGCAGGCGAAGACGAGAACUACAGCGCAGAGAACCUGCGACGCCUCGCUCGAAGUCUGAGCGGAACCGUCAUCGGGUCGAGACCGCAGAACCUCCAGCAGAACCUCCAGCAGAACCUCCAGUGCAGCUGUGUACGUCACACACAGGACCCCUCUGUGUCCAGGCCCCCCCUCAGACACUCAGACCUUCACUGCUCCUCUUCCUCCUUGGACCUCCCCUCCUCCUUCCACCGACUCCACGGCCCUCCGGCUCCACGGCCCCCCCACACGCAGACGCCAUGCCCCCCCCCCUCCUGGGGACGCUCAGGUUCUCCUUGGCACCAGGUUCUGGUUCUGUCCGACAGCGGUCCGACUCCCUCGGCUCUCCAUGGCGUCGCCAUGAGUUACGCCACUCUUCCUCGCCGCGCCUGGCCGCCCUCCUCCUCCUCUUCCUCCCUCCCCAGGCCCAGACCCGGUUCUGCCGGUUCCGGUCCACAGAGUCUCUACGGCGCCCCGCCCGCCCCCCACCGCCAUCGUCAGGCGUCACUUCCUGUUGUUGCUCCACGGCGCCCCCAUGUGUCAGGAGACGUUCCUGCUCAGCCUCUGCGCCUCGACGUUCCCCCGGAGACGGACUGGCGGCGCCAUGUGGACCCGCGGGCCGCCCGGCGCCAGCAGCUUCCUGCCCGACCCGGCCGGUCUCUGUGGCCCGGUACCGUUUGGGCAGCAAACAGAGAGGGAGGCGUCAGCAGGUUCAUGGGGGUCAGAGGUCACGACCAGAACCAGAACCUGAGAGGAGACAGAAGAAGCUGAGCAGAUCCAGAACUUCCCUGAAGAACCAGAACAGAGCCGGAUCGGAACCAAAGCCAGCAGAACUCUUGGUCCAGAUGUGGACCCUGGUCUCCUCCAGAACCUCCUCUGUUCUGCUGGACCCGUGUGGCUCCAGCUGAGCAGCAGGCGAAGAAAAGACUUCCUGUGUUCAGCUGAACAGAACCUGGAUGUGGUUCUGCAGGUUCUGGUUCUGUUGGACUGCAGAGCUCAUCGGGUUUCCUCUGGGAUCUUCAGACUGAAGCUUCCUGUUUCCUCGGCGUUCUGAUUGGUUCUGCUCUUCAGAUCUCCAUCCAACGCUGAUGUCACUUCCUCUGUUCAACAUCCAGUUUUCUUCUUUAGGCGAUGGAGGAACUCAGACCGCUGACUCCACCCGGCUGGCGCUCCAGGUGGCAGAAACAAACCAACCAGCUUCAGAAACGUCUGGGUUAAAGUUCAGAAAGUUCUGCUUGUUUUUCUCCACCAAACAGACGAUUAAAAAGCUUCAAGGAAACGA